CAAGGUGUAACCAGGUACUUGAUAAUGUACUAUAUAAUAGGUCUUCAAAACGUCAUGCUAUAAAUGUGAAUAUUUUUUAUAGUUUUCAGCCGUCACUCGACAACUAGGAAAUAUAUUUGACCGCGGACUACAUGGCAGUAAACGGUGCCACUGAGGAAAGUCAAGAGUCUGGGCAAGCCUCUGUUGAGACUAAACAGAAAAAUUGCUUUUCAAUAUUUGUAGCGAGGAGUCCUGAAAAAUUCCCACUACAAGAAAAGACUAUGCAUACCAUUUCUGAAAGCAUGACAGAAUUUAAACCAUUUUUGAAAUAUUUAACAAAAUGCGAUAAUUGUCUUCUUCUGGCACGGCAGGGUCUGUCAAAAAUCCAUGAAAUUAAAGUUCAUGAUCUUUUUAUAUUAACAACCUUUAAAGACUUUACCUCAUCUGACGAUAGUUCAAACAACACAGCAUCUUUUGUUGAUCCUUGCGACUGUUUCAAUUGUAACUUAAUAUUAAGAAGGAUAUUAAAUUCAGCAAGCGCUGAUCAAUGGAUAUUCUUUGGAAAAUGUGGUGGGAUUACUUUUGUAUCGAUAGCUAAUGGGAAAACCAGUAUUCCUGGCGAAGAUUUUAACAAGCUUGAAACAAUUGUAGGGCAACUUAUAAAAUUAAAUAACGAUAUAAUGAAUAUAAUCAAUGCUCGUGUCCCUCUGGGUGAGUCAGACAAGAAGGACACCAUGGCUAGCAAAACUCGUAUCAUCAGCCAGGGAGACUUUCUAAUUGAAAUGAACGAGAUGGUUUUUCAAAAGCGAAGGUUAUUAAAAGCUCUCAAUACUUUGGUUCAAAAGUUUUCUAGAAUUCGCGAGGUUUUUGACGAUGACCAGAACCCAGCUAAUCAGUCUAAGGAUGGUCAGUCGUCAGUUGUACCAGUCAAUGCACAUGAAAUUAGUUCUGGAAGUGCCGUCCAGACUGUGAGUUCUAUUCCUCUACAGACUCUGUUGCAAUGCAUUGUAACGCGAAUGACUGUUUCAAGCUGGGAAGAACUGAGGCGUUAUGUUGGUCGGGUUAUUCCUUUAAGAGUUCUUAGAGACAUUCCAAACGGCAUCGAGUUUUUCAAAGAAUUAGAGAAUCGAGAUUUGAUAAGAAUUGGAAAUACUGAGUACAUUAGAAUUGGACUUUACGAGAUUGAACGUGUUGAUCUCGUACACUUACUGGACUGUAUUCAGGAAGGUGACUAUAGGUUACUUCAGGCAGAAACUCCAGCAGUCAGGCAAAACUUGGAACAGAGUCAAAGGAAUCGUAGCAGCGAGGAUCGUGGUGGAAAUUUGGGAACCAGUUCCCAGCCUCCUGUGAUUCAAAAUCUGACUGCAGACGCGGAAAAAAAUGACAACACUGCUGACCAGGAUGGAUUGUGGUCUAUUUCUGGACAUGAAAUUCAAGAUAACCCUUUACAAAGGAAGUACCGUAAUGUACCUCAUCGUACUACAACAUCCCCGGCUCACCCUGUACAAGAGGACAGGGAAGCGGGCUCCUCCACUGAUUCUGGUCAACAACCUCCAGAGACUGGGACGGGGAAUGUUGUGGAAGAUAACCAGGAACAAAUCUCUCCUAACAUAUCUAACGACGAUAAAAAUACAUCGGAUCAAACUACAAAUACAGACCCUGCGUUAACCCAGGAAGGAGAUCCCAGGGGCGAGUUUACAUCGCGGAGUUCAAAUUCAGAGGGGGCACACUCAAGCGCACAAAAUACACUCACCCAGGGGGAAAAUGAGGGUGUUACACUUCCCCAGGGUGAAGAUGUUGAAGACAGUAGAGAGUGGGUGGAAAACAGGGAGUAUCCCUGUGAUCAUUAUGAUCGAUAUUGUACAGUUCAGUUUGCAUGUUGUAAUCGUUUCUGGCCUUGUCAUCGCUGUCAUAAUUCUCAGAGUCAGUGCAGUGAAAGAAAACUUAAAUCUCGUGAUAUAAAGAAAUUAAAAUGCCGUCGUUGUGGUCGAGUACAAGAUUUUCCAAAAGACUCGCCUCGUUGUGUUGAAUGUAACCUAAAAUUUGCAGAGUAUUUCUGCCCGAUAUGCCAGCAUCUGACUGGAAAACAGAAUCACCCGUUUCAUUGUACCAAAUGUGGGAUUUGUAGGGUACACGGUGAUCGUUCAUUCCAUUGUGAUAUCUGUGGUGUGUGUUUGGAUGUCAAUCUCAGAGGAAAUCACAGAUGUCGUGAAGGUUCUGCUCACGAUGAAUGUUGCGUGUGUUUUGAAGAUGCGUUUACAGGAUGUCAGAUACUACCAUGUUCCCACAAAGUGCACAAGGAAUGCGCAAAUCAGAUGGUGCGAAACGGACAAACACAAUGCCCAAUAUGCCGAACAAGUUUUGCAGAUAAAGGGGAGAAGAAAUGAAAUCAAACAUUAAAAUGUUCUAUUAAUUAUGCCAAGGCCUAGUGGAUGAUAAAUCAUCGAAAAGUAGAUGCUUGAAAUUGAGUGCAGCUCUGCAAGAAUAUGAAAAAAGUG